UAACUUGUCUAUUUUCGUUGUCCAAGGUGAAUGAAAUGUAAAAAGUACAUUAAUCCUGGGAAGUAAAUUAGAUUAUAAAAAUGUUCAUUUGCAAUAUCAGACAUUUACAGAAGCGGUAACAUUAAAAAAUACCAGCGUCAAUUGAAAGGAAUUAUUUCAGAUAACUUCCUCGGGGUGAAGUGUGUUUCACUGAGUCAUUUCAGAGCACCAGUUUUUGUUCUGUCACCCAUUUGUGUUUCCCCAGUUGAACAAUGCUACAUGAUCAUAAAGUAUAAAUCCAAACGUUAAUGGGGGGGGGGGGAAGGGGAGGGGGCGGGGAAGGAAAAGAAAACCUCGUUAAUUAGCAUACUUCAGAACUGACUAGCCCAAUCUCACCCGAUAUGUGGGCUCACAUCACUGCUUAUGGGAAAUCAUGAGUAUCACAAAGAAUAUUUACAUGCCAUCCGUCCCGAUGUGUGCUCGUUUUAAUCUGUUCUUUGAGUUCUGUGGAUAAUUUUCCGCUCUAGAAAUAUUGUAGCAAGCCCCAUGUGCUCUGAGAAGCAGAAAUCUCGCUGUUUGUAGUACCAGAGAAACCCCCAUGAAGAAUGUCCUUUUUCAGAGACUGAAAGGGGGAGGGGGGAAGGAGAACAUCCCUCUCCGGCUCCAUUUCCAAGUCGAUUGCAGAAAAAAUGUGGGAGGGCUAGAAAAGUUUUGAGUGAGCCACUUCCUCGUCCAGCCCAGCUGGGAGACAGAAAGGGGGAAUGUCAGAUAGGGAGAGGGGGGAAGUGCAGUAACAACUUCCCAGCAGCAAAAUGGCCUUUUAAACCCUUGACAACAGGAGGCAAAUUCCUCCCCCUGGCAGCAGCGGAAGCGAUGAGUGUUCAGAGGGGAGGUGACUGACUCCUCUCCUUCUCCCCAGAGCAGGAGGCGAGCUUCGCCGGGAGUCCUGCCUGUGCAUCUCGCUCCACCCUGCCCAGGACUUGCCCCCGCUCCGAACUCCCGCAUUUUCAGCGCGGGGCGCGCGGCAGGGAGAGCGAGAGAGCCGCCGCCGCCUCCGGAGCGCAGAGAGAGAGAGAGAGGGACCCCGCCGGGCGCAGCUGAGUGCUGGGGGGCGCAGCCCUGCCAUGUCCCCGGGGAAGCCGGAGUCGGGCUAAGCGGCUGUACGCGCAGCGGGGAGAGCUCUUCAGGACCAUGAAGCAGCCAGGGCAGCUCUUCCUCCGCCUGCUGCUCCUGCUCUGCCUCGCCAAGAUUGAACCGGCAGCUGCCUGCCUUAAAGAUUGCAGCUCAAUAAAUGUAAAUGCAGCAACAACAGAAAUCAAUAUAGACGCAUUACCAGAAAACUUUACAAUAAGCAAUGUAACUUUUGCAAAUGGAACACUGUUCCAGGAUUCACCACUGAACAAUUCAAUAAGAGGUCUUUCCCCUGGUGUACAAUACAUUAUCAACUUUCAAAAUGGUACAGAAUCAUGCUGCAAAAACAUUACAACAAAACCCAGUGCAGUUUCCAACCUCAAAGUUAUAAAUGUCAGCACAACAGAAGUAACCUUGACAUGGCAAAACAGUGAUGCUGAGGCUUCUAAGUACACUUAUAGGAUACUCUAUGAAGUUCAGGGAACUUCAUUUCCAGAAAACAUCACUUCUCCAAACAAGUCUGCUACCAUUACAGGAUUGAAACCUGGUACCUUGUAUGCAAUUACAGUCUUCGCACAAGUUGCAGGGACUGACGGAAACGCCAGCACCAUAGAGAUCUAUACAAAACCCAGUGCAGUUUCCAACCUCAAAGUUAUAAAUGUCAGCACAACAGAAGUAACCUUGACAUGGCAAAACAGUGAUGCUGAGGCUUCUAAGUACACUUAUAGGAUACUCUAUGAAGUUCAGGGAACUUCAUUUCCAGAAAACAUCACUUCUCCAAACAAGUCUGCUACCAUUACAGGAUUGAAACCUGGUACCUUGUAUGCAAUUACAGUCUUCGCACAAGUUGCAGGGACUGACGGAAACGCCAGCACCAUAGAGAUCUAUACAAAGCCCAGUCCAGUUUUUGACAUCGAGCCCACAAUUAUCGGCACAAAACAAGUGACCUUAACGUGGAAAAACAAUGACACUGCUGCUCCUAAUUACACAUAUGUGAUAUACAUUGAUGGGAAUGGAAUUUCUCCUACUCGGAACCAAACCUCCCAAAACGAAAGUGCUGUAAUUGUGGGAUUACAGCCUGGUACUCCUUAUAACUUCACAAUAGUUCCACUAGCAGCGGAUAAUACGACCACAGGAGACUCAAGAGUCCUACGCAUCUAUACAAAACCCAGUGCAGUUCAUAACCUUGAAGUUAUAAAUGUCAGCACAACAGAAGUAACCUUGACAUGGCAAAACAGUGAUGCUGAGGCUUCUAAGUACACUUAUAGGAUACUCUAUGAAGUUUAUGGAACUUCGUCUCCAGAAAACAUCACUUCUCCAAACAAGUCUGCUACCAUUACAGGAUUGAAACCUGGUACCUUGUAUCUAUUUAUGGUCUUCUCACAAGUUGCAGGGACUGAAGGAGACUCCAUCCCCAGAAAGACCUAUACAAAGCCCAGUCCAGUUUUUGACAUCCAGCUCACAAGUAUCGGCACAGAUCAAGUGACCUUAACAUGGGGAAACAAUGACACUGCUGCUCCUAAUUACACAUAUGUGAUAUACACUGAUGGGAAUGGAAUUUCUCCUAUUCGGAACCAAACCUCCCAAAACGAAAGUGCUGUAAUUGUGGGAUUACAGCCUGGUACCUCUUAUAACUUCACAAUAGUUCCACUAGCAGCGGAUAAUAGGACCACAGGAGACCCAGCAGUCAUACACAUCUGUACAAAUGCUGCACCAGUGUCUUCAUUUAACUGUACACGAGUGACUAAAGAAGCUAAGUUAACACUAAAGUGGGAGCGCCCUGCUGGUGACAUUACUAACUUCACCAUUAAGACAUUCAGUGAUGCCUGGAGCAAUGAAACACUGGUUUUGGCUGAUAACCUAAAUACAACUGUAACAAAUUUAAAUUAUUCCACCUCCUACAGUGUUAGUAUUAUAACCCGUUCAUGUGGGAAAGAAAGCCUUCCAAACCAAAUAACAUGUGUUACAAGUAUCACUGACCCACCUGCUCCAGUAGAAAAGCCUAAUAUUACGUCAAUCACUCACAACUCCUUUAAAAUUCAGUUCAGUGCGUUUGUGUCAAAAAAUGGACCGCUAAAGGCCUAUGCAAUAGUAAUCACAACAGCUAAAGAAGGCAAUAAACCUACAAAUAGCAGCUUGAGCUAUACAUACAAGGACUUCAAGGAAAAGAAAACAAACACUUACGUAACAUAUGUCAAAAACAUUACGCAAAUGAGAGCCUUUUCCUCCCGUUCAGAUAGUUCACAAUAUGAAAUGGAAGUAGGAAAUGCAGGCACAUCGGAUGGCUAUGCCAAUGCACGGCUGGAACCACUUGGUUCAUACCGGGCGAGUGUUGCAGGUUUCACUAAAAUGGAACUUAACAAUGGUAUUGUUGAAGAGAGAAGCUAUGUAUCAUUUACACCUUAUUCUCAGGAAAUUAUAUUACCCCAGGAUCCAGGAAUCAUCACUGGAGCUGUUAUUGGAUGUAUUUUGGGUGCUGUGGCUAUAGCUACUGUAGUGGUAUUCGUUUUCUGGAGACGGAGAAGGAAAGAUGGAAAAAAUAGUGAGCUGCCCUUUUCUCCAAUUAGACCCAAGAAAUCCAAGUCAAUUAAAGUUGAAAACUUUGAGUCCUACUUUAAGAAACAGCAAGCUGACUCGAACUGUGGAUUUGCUGAAGAGUACGACGAACUCAAGUCGGUGGGCAUUAAUCAGCCUAAAUUUGCAGCUGAACUUACUGAGAACAGAGGGAAAAAUAGGUACAAUAAUGUCUUGCCAUAUGACAUUUCCCGUGUUAAACUUUCAAUCCAAAACCAUCCAACUGAUGAUUAUAUUAAUGCAAAUUAUAUGCCCGGAUACAACUCCAAGAAAGAAUUUAUUGCUGCACAAGGCCCCUUACCCAACACUGUACAAGACUUCUGGCGCAUGAUUUGGGAAAAAAAUAUCUAUGCUAUUGUUAUGUUGACAAAAUGUGUUGAACAAGGCAGGACAAAAUGUGAGGAAUAUUGGCCAGACAAAGGAUCCAACUAUUACGAUGACAUUACUGUAACAUUGGUCUCAGAGUAUGUCCUUCCAGAAUGGACAAUAAGAGACUUCACAGUGGAAGACAGGGAUGCAACUGAAAGCCACUCUGUACGCCAGUUCCAUUUCACUUCCUGGCCUGACCAUGGUGUUCCAGAGACAACAGACCUUCUUAUUAACUUUAGACAUCUGGUACAGGAAAACAUUAGACAAAAUCCCCCAGAUUCUCCUACUCUGGUGCACUGCAGUGCUGGUGUUGGCAGGACAGGUACUUUCAUUGCAAUUGACCGCCUGAUCCAGCAAAUAGAAAUGGAUAACAUCAGUGAUGUGUAUGGAGUAGUAUAUGAACUUCGAAUGCAUCGACCUUUAAUGGUGCAAACAGAGGACCAGUAUGUCUUCCUAAACCAGUGUGUUUUGGACAUUAUUAAAUCCCAAAGAAACAAAAAAUCAGACCUUAUCUACCAAAACACAACAGCAAUGGCAAUCUAUGAAAAUUUUGCACCAACACCAAGUUUUGAGAAGGCAAAUGGCUACCAUGCAUAACCAGAGAGCGAAGAAAUGUCACUAGGAAGCCAUUACUGUCCUGCACACAGGAAAACGAAAUGCACUGUUAUUGUACAUGUGUGUGUACCGUGUCUUUUAUUAUUUUUUCAGUCUUGUAUAUCAAAUUUGAAGAUGCCCGUGUAAAAAUGUCAUUUGGAGUUGUGGGUUAGUAUAAAAAGAAGCUGUAAGUUAACAGAGGAAAUUGCUUUAUCUUGGGAACUUCACAAUACUAGUAGGCGAAACAACAUUUGCAGUACAAAUGGUGAAGUAGAUGAUAAAUAUUAAAAAUAACAAAUUACAAAGGCUCUUUUUUAAUUACAAUUUUGUAUGAUUUCAUAUACAGAUACCUGGCUUGUGGGCUGUGGAAUAUAUUUUAUAAAAGUCAGGAACAUAUUUUAUCUACUGACCUGGUUACUUAGUUGAUGGAUAUAUGCUUCAUUGUGAUUUGUCCUUAGUGUUCCGUUUGAUUUAUAAGAAGGAGUACAAACGCCUCCUACAAAUGGAUGUUGAUAUUUGGAAAUUGUGCCUUUUCUGGUUAUUACUCUGUAGACAAAAAUAAUCAGAGCCCUAUAUUUUUGUAUUGAGACUUCUAAUUAGAAUAUAGAUUUUAACUGUAGUAACAUUGCUGGCGAGACGCUCCUAGAUUUUGGUAGUGAUCUUCCCCUUUUUGUAUUCCAUCACAACCUUCAGAGGCCUUAUAUCACAGUGCCUCAGUCUAGAGGAAAAGGAGGGCAAGGGUUGUGUGUCAUUCUGAGCUUUAGUGUGUGUGUGUGUGUGUGUGUGUGUGUGUGUGUGUGUGUGUGUGUGUGAGAGAGAGAGAGGGGGGGGAAGCAACUCCUCCCAUUUCUGGCUGAUAUUUCUGAUUUAUAGAGUUUAUAAGGAUUUAUUUAAAGGUGCAAUAUGUGAUUUAUUGAAUAAUGAUUGCUCUACUUAAAGAGAGCUUUACUCAGGUUGUCUCUUUUUUAAUUAUUGUUUUUUUUUCUUAAAUAUAUAAAUCUGUGAAAAUUUCAGACUGAGAAUUCACAUGUCAAAGUGCUCCCAAACAGGUUCACUGGCUUUAUUCAAUUUAGCAAAAGUAAAUGCACAAAUGUCUACUGUAUAUAUCAAUUACUAGAAUCUGUUGUUUUAGCCUGUCAAAACUGAGAUGUGUUUUAUCUUGGUGCAUCUCAAAAAUAUAAUUUAACUGUUUUAUAAUUGUUUCCAAUAUGCUGCUGCUGCUAUUUUAACUGAUCCUUUUUUAAAAAUCUAGAUAUUAAUAUUACAUGUCAAGGGCUAAUUUGGAUUUAUUUUGCUGGUACAUUAAUGUUAAACGUAUGAAGGCAUUACCAAUGAAGGACUUAUUUGUUAUUUUUAAGGGGUACUGGGUGUUUUUUUCUUCUUUGGAUCAGUGCACUGGUUGCAUUGCAAAGUAAGAAGUUCAGGAACAUCCAUGAAAUAGCUGUUAAAGUCUUAUGAAGGUUUAAUAGCCAGCGUACCUGGGAUUCUGCAGCAUUUGAAAGCCAGUUUGUAUGACAAAGAUGACAAAAACUGCUGCAAAUUUUGGAAAUGAUUGUGGCACUACAAUGGGUAGCUGGCUGCCCUGUAGAAUCCACUGUUGAAUGAAAAAUCCCAGGCAUCCUGGCCUCUAUAGUCCCACAUCUGUGAACUUAAGUACUGGCAACAGUAAUUCUUAUUCGGUAAUGGAAGUGUGUCAUUUAAGCAAAACUGGAGGGAUACCCACACCACGGUUUGACCAGGACUCAUAACAGCCAUUUGUUGUGUUUAUUUUAUUUUUUCUUCUUCUUAUCUGAAAUAUUUAAAAUCUAUCAAACCAUCCCACCAGACUCCUUCUCAAAUGGAAAUUGCAAUCCUGAUUUUUUUCACCCUGCAUCCUUUCUAAGGUGCCAUUAGAUCUCAACGAAAUGCAAAUGCAACAACUUCUUCACUUAGCUUGGCAGCACAGAUCAAACCAAAAAAAUCCCUAAGGCUUCACUAGAGAGAAGGGCCUGCCCCUCUACAUUGUUGGGGGAGGGGGUGUUUGUUUUUCAUUUAAAUACUACUACUCUCUGUGGUAGUGCAGUCUUAAGGUACCAUGGAAAUGCAUGGCUGGUCAGAAAUCGUUAUUUCUGGGACAGCCCAGAAGGUCUUUAGUCCAAGAAUACUGCACUUGGUUUAAAAAGUGACUAUCUUGUGUAGCAGAGAAGAGCAGUGAAUGCAUUGUCUCUCAUAGUGUUUGUGCUGUGGAUUCUGCACUUGCUUUAUAUAGUGGAUGCAUCUGCAUUAUAUAGCAGCAGAACCUCAGAAAACUAGCUAUAACUGUGACUAUCUAUUUCGGUCUAAACACCUAUGAUAGAUUGUUGCAGCAGCAGGUGAUUAAAAGUGGGAUCCUAGAUACAAUUUGUUUCCAUUAGGAAAACAAUAGAAUAAAUAUUUGUCAAGAGAUUCCUGAGAAGUAAAUAAAAACUCUAUCCAAUCAAAUCCUUUUAUGGAUUCCAAGUUCCCAAGACAAAUAUCUGCUAAAUCAGGAGAGAGUCUGAUUUCCCCGCUUAUGAAUUAAAUGUGAGAAGAACACAAUAGAUGAGAUUACAGGGCCAAUCCUGCCUGACUAAAACAGUCACUAUUCCCAAUCAAGUCUAUUACCCAGAGAGGCCAAAAAGAAUUUUCCAAGCUCAGUGGUUUGAACAUUGGCCUGCUAAACCUAGAGUUAUGAGUUCAAUCCUUGAGGGGGCUAUUUAGGGAACUGGGGCAAAAAUCCAUCUGGGGAUUGGUCCUGCUUUGAGCAGGGGGUUGGACUAGAUGACCUCCUGAGGUCCCUUCCAACCCUGAGAUUCUAUGAUUCUAUGAGCAAGGCAUGCAGGCUCAGGCCAUAUAGUUUUUAGUGGACAGAAAAAGUUGAUUAAUGCUUAAAGUGAUGUAUCCAUGAAGUUGGGUGUUGUUCCACUGUGACUAACUAGGACAGGCCACAUAGGAACUCCCACUGGAAGGAAUGGGUCUUACAGGUAAUUUUUUAUCUUAGAGAGAUUCCCUCUAACCAAGAUGACUUGAAUAGGAUUCUAGCAUAUGUUUCUCAUCUACAAACUGAUAUGUCUUUAGUUUCUUUUGAUUCAGGACUAAAGGUUGCUAUUUAUACUGUCUUGUUGCUCUUUAUUCUGUUCAUUCAGUGCUUAUUGUUGGUGGUGCUUGCCUAAAGUAAUCUGCUUUCCCAGCCUCAAAACUCUCCUGUGUUACAACACUGGGUUUUCUGACUGGGGUGGUUGUUUUUUUUCCUUCAAUUUGGGACCCUUUUAAAAAGGGAAAUGUUCACGUGUGUCAAAUAAGGGUUGCUUUUAGUUGAAUAUUUUGAUGUACAAAUUUCAGUGUUUUUCAUACAGCUGUACAGAAACUUGUAGCACAUUGUCUUAACUUUUUAAUAGUUUGUUUUAAAGAUAAAGAUAAUUAAAAAGCAUUAACUUAGA